UCCCCCCCUUUUCCUCCCCCUAUUAACGGAUACUCUCGCUUUCGUUCUCCCCCUUCGUCCGUGUCCUUCUCCGGGGGCCAUGGGGUCAUUUUGCAGCAAGACCAAGACCAAACCCCCCCAAGCCUCCCACACUCACUCGCCGCGCCCCCCUCCCGACGCCCAAGCUGCUCCUCGAAAGGCACCCGCCCCUCAGCCCGGAGGUCCCCCUCGACCUAGGACCAAUUCCGAACACCAGCCGGUCCCACAGGAGCUCCAUGUCCCAGCCGCAGGAUCCGAACCCAGAGCGCAGGGAUCACAGUCUUCACAGGGGGAUCCUAAGCCACACGAAGACCCUAAGCCGCAGGAGGAUCCCAAGCCACAGGAGGAUCCUAAGCCA